AUGAGCUCGUGGAGCGGAGAGAAGCAAGUCGCGCUCUCACGCUCACACAGAGAACUCACGGAAAAGCUCACACUCGCACUCACACACACGCUUGCAUUGUCGUGAGCGUAGUGUAGGCGCGACACGCAGAGAAAGUCCAUGCGGUAGGGUCAUCCUGGUCGGCGGAAAACAGCGCAACCGAGACGGAGGCAGGAGAGAAGAGGUCGGCGACAAAAUAGCGCUCACCACGAGGAAGAAGAAGCGUGCGCAAACAGUUGGAGGUUGGCCACACCCUUCCGUCGGUGGUAUGAGGGAUGGAAAGAGGUUGAGACAUAGUUCGGAUCGAGCGUAUGGGGGUCGUCGUCGACGACGUCGCCAAGAGGUAUCCUCUUCCUCCGAACCUCCCAAGAGGCUUCAGAGGUCAGCGCUCUUCGACGUUUGUAAUUAACGACGGCGAACAAGAGCUUGGCAAAUGA